AUGACUCUAAGAAUGCUCUUGUACCCCAGCCAAGAUCCCUCGCUCAUCGGCAACUCCACUAUCAUAGCAGCCUGUGAAACCUGGAUCACUAAACCCUACUCACCUACAUUCCUUGUCAAUUACAAUAUAUACUGGUCGAAUGCCAUCAGGAAUCACUCAGUCGGAAGAGCCAGUGGAGGUCUAAUUACAGCAAUCAACGCAAACUACAGAUCAUUUCUUGUGGAAGACUCACCCUGGUGGAUCUUCAAUAAAGUAAUAAUUGGAUCUACAGUGCUGAUCCUGGGUUCACUUUAUCUUAGAAAAUGUCUUGAUCUACGUUUCCUACUCGACAUGUUGCAGGAAGUACUAGAUGGCAUUAAAUCUACUCACACUGACGACACUUUUAUCAUUGGUGGCGAUUUGAAUGCCAGAGUUGGCUCUCUAAGCCCUUGGCCUGAAGAACUAUUUUCAGGGCUCCCAUUAAACUCGUCAGUAACCACGACAGAUGAAUUAAUAUGUGACAGAGGACGCUUACUCAUGGAUUUUAUGCUUGAAAACGAUUUUGUGCUUCUAAAUGGUAGAACAGCUGGUGAUUCUCCAGCUCAGCCAACCUACGAUAACCUGGGUACUUCAAUUAUCAACUUAGUUUGGACUGACAUCUCAUCGCUUCACCUAAUAGUUGAUUUAGAAGUAGUGCUGGAACCUUCCCUUUCAGACCAUAGACCCGUCCGGUUGACUAUCCAGACUGAGGACUUUGAGCACCGGGACGACAGCUUUUCUCAAUCUUCUCCAAGCAAAACAAAGAAAAUCAUCUGGUCUGAAGAGUCCAAACAGUCUUAUCAAAACAACUUGCUAAGUUUUCAAAAUCUCCCAAACAUCACGGCGGAUUCAACUGACACAAUCUACAACUGGCUCAUUGGCACUAUACACUCUGCUGCUGAGAAGGCAGGAUUCAUAAAAACCUCAUGUUCUACGGAUCGUCAAAAAGCCCCACGCAACCCUUGGUUUGACAAAACCUGCAAAGAGGCUAAAAAAAACUUCCGUAAAGCUCUCCGUAAUUGCAAAAAAGAGCAAUUUAGUAUCAACGCGCGCCAGGAAGUUGCAAAUUCCAAGAGUAUUUACAAAAAUCUUUGUCAGGAAAAAAAGAAAGCUCAUAUGCAGAUCAUUAAAAAUGCUUUUGCCAAUGCGUCUGAGCCUACCAACUUCUGGGCUGCGGUGAAAAAAUUCAGCUUUAGGAGAGGAGCACAAUGUGAAAUACCAGCGAACAAGUGGAAUGCCUUCUACGCCACAAUUUACAAACCACGAAUGAUCAUGAACAGGGACAUAAGUGCUUCAAGAUCCUCCAGCUCGCUUGAAUUUCCUCUCUCAAGGCCGGAUCAGUACUCGCCAGCCAAAUACCUGCUACUAAAGCUGCCGCUUUCAACGAAAUGCAUCCUCGUGCAAUUGAGACUUGCCAAUAAAUACAACUGCUACUUAACUUUGAAAAAGCACUCAAUUAAAUUUUCGCCAAAUAAUCAGUGUCCACUGGGUAAUAUGCAAGAAGAAGACAACCUACGACAUUUCCUGUGUACUUGUCCCAUGUUCUCUGCCAUAAGACAAUCUCUCAUCCAAGAGCCACUUCAAAAGUCGGGAUCGAUCAACAAGCUACUAACAUCAUCAACUCCCAAAGAACUGUAUGCGAUUGUUAACAACGUGGAGACAACAAUGAAGCUAAGAGCCUGGGCUCUAAAUCUGUGA